AUGUUGAUGUUGAAACAGGUGAAGAAGCAGUUCAGCUGUUUUAAAACGUGUGUUUCAUGCAAAACUGCAGGUUCUCCUCCGAGGCCCAGAUUAGAAGUCUCAGCUGAUCUGAAGGACCUGAAGGAGAAGGAGUCUGUCACUGUAACCUGCUCAGCUCUCACUCCCUGUUCACACUCCCCUCCUCAACUCACCUGGAGCCUCCAACAAGACGCUCACAGCCAAACUGAGGAAAACACAGAUGGAACCUUCAGCACUCAGAUCCAGAAGACCCUCACUCUGUCAGACACACAUGAUGGAUUCAGCCUCAGCUGCUCUGCUGUGUAUCCUGUUGCUGGAGGAGAACCUGUGAAAACACCUGAGACAGAGUUAACUCUCAGUGUUUCAUAUUCUCCUAAAGACACCACAGUCUCCAUCAGUCCAUCAGGGAGCUGGGUGACCCUGACCUGCUCCAGCAGAGCCAAACCUGCCGUCAGCAGCUUCACCUGGUUCAAGAACAGUGACCAUGGACCCAUCAAAGUGUCUGAAGAAGACUUUUACACCUUUAAUGUGGCCAACAUAACCGAUCCAGAAAGUUUUUACUGUGUAACUAAAAAUUCUCUCGGUAAUCAGACGUCAUUGUGGAUUCAUGUGAACAAAGCAGACACUACAGUCUCCAUCAGUCCAUCAGGGAGCUGGGUGACCCUGACCUGCUCCAGCAGAGCCAAACCUGCCGUCAGCAGCUUCACCUGGUUCAAGAACAGUGACCAUGGACCCAUCAAAGUGUCUGAAGGAGACUUUUACACCUUUAAUGUGGCCAACACAACAGAUCCAGCAAGUUUUUACUGCGUGGAUGAAAAUGCUCUUGAUGAACUGAGGAUUGAACUCGUCCUCAAAACACUGAUGAUCCUUCAGGUUGUAUCUCUCUACUGUACAAUCAUCAUCUUUGAGUGCUGGUUCAAAUGGAGACAUUGCCGCAAACAAGUGAAGGACUCACCAGAAGCAGACUACGUGAACACAGUGAAUGAAAGUCCAGCAUAAUGGGCCACAAGGAGAAAACCAAGAUGUUAAAGCCAUCAUCAGUGACCUGCUUUAUUAAUUCUGAUCAUCUCUACCUGCAUGUUUGUCAUUUUUGUCAUGAAAUCUGUUGUUUUGGUGGAUCUCAGCAUGAAGCAGGCCUAUAAGAAGUGGUGCAGCUCUGUAGAGGAUUAACACAUUUAUAUUCAUGUAGAGUCUUAAACAGAGCUGAUGUCUGUUUCCAUUCUGAAGAUAAACCAGCAUGCAUUGAAGCUUCAUAUUUUCUGUGUACAUUUAAACAAGUUUUAUCUCAAUUUAUUGUUGCUUUUUUUCCAUUUUCUCCUGGUUUCAUUUGCUUUGUAUCUAUUGUAGUAGUCAUUUCAGUAAUGACAAUAGAAAACUUGAUUCAUUUUC